AUGACAACAAGAAAAAGAGUUAGCCUUUCUGCUGCACAAAAACGGGAGCUUUGCGAAAAAAAGGAAAAAAAUCCAAACCUUUCUAAUGUUGAACUUGCAUUACAAUAUCACGUUGGAAAGUCAACUAUUACUGAUAUUUUGAGAGAAAAAAGGCGUUGGCUUUCAAUCUCAGAAAGUCAAGAAAAUGUUAAAAAAUUUUGUGGUCCAAA